GGGCCAAAACAAACAGCGCAGGGGCCGCGGUCGCGCAGUCGGUCGGCAAACGCGGAGCGGCGAACUCGUGCGCGACCCGCGCGGCCCCGGGCGGCGGCAGCGGUGACGUCAGCAGGGGACCCCGACUCCGCGCUCUGCUAGGCGCUCGACGAAGGACGCGCGGGACCGCGAACUCCUACACGGGCCGCGGAGCCCAGGCCGCGGCGCCCACGGUGACGACGAACGCGACGAUGUCACUGCUCCAGGCCCUCAUGCUCUUCUUUGUCCUGCUCUGCGUGUGCUGCUCCCGCGACCCCGCGAGGCCCAACUUCGUGAUCAUCAUGGCCGACGACCUCGGCAUUGGGGACCUCGGCUGCUAUGGGAACAGCACGCUCAGGACGCCCAACGUCGACCGCCUGGCCCGCGAGGGCGUGAAGCUGACCCAGCACCUGGCGGCCUCACCCCUGUGCACGCCCAGCCGUGCGGCCUUCCUCACAGGGCGCUAUGCGGUGCGCUCGGGCAUGGCAUCGCACAACCGCUUCGGCGUGUUCCUGUUCACGGGGUCAUCGGGCGGGCUGCCUCCCCACGAGGUCACCUUCGCACAGAGGCUCCGGGAACACGGAUACCACACAGGGCUGGUCGGGAAGUGGCACCUGGGCGUGAGCUGCCACCAGCGGGAUGACUUCUGCCACCACCCGCAGCGCCACGGGUUCGAGUUCUUCCAUGGCUUUCCGCUGACUAACCUGCGCGACUGCGUCCCGGGCUCGGGCUCCGUGUUCAAGUCUGCCACUCGCUGGGUUGUGCAUGGGCCCGUGCAGGCGCUGCUCGUGUGUGCAUUCACGCUCGCACUGCUGCGCUGCCUGGGGCUGGUGCGUGUGCCCGUAGCGUUGGUGGCGGCACCUGUGCUGCUUGCGGUUGCCGUGGCUGGCGGCUACCUCGCCUUCUUGCACUUUUUCCGCCCCGCGAACUGCGUGCUCAUGACCGGGUUUGAGGUGGUGCAGCGGCCAGCGUCCUACGAGGAGCUCACACAGAGGCUCACAGGGGAGGCUGUGGGCUUCCUGGAGAGACACGCGCACGCGCCUUUCCUGCUGUUCCUCUCCUUCCUCCACGUCCACACCGCACACUUUGCGGCCCCGAAAUUUGCUGGACACAGCCUCCACGGGGUCUACGGGGACGCGGUUGAGGAGCUGGACUGGAGCGUGGGGCAGAUCCUGGUUACGCUCGACCGCCUGGGCCUGGCAAACGACACGCUUGUCUACUUCACGUCUGACCAUGGCGCCCACGUGGAGGAAGUGAGCGAGGAAGGCACGAUGCACGGCGGCAGCAACGGGAUCUACAAAGGCGGCAAGGCCAACAACUGGGAGGGCGGCAUCCGUGUGCCUGGUGUCGUCCGCUUCCCGCGUGAGCUUGGCCGUGGCUUGGAGCUGGCGGAGCCAACGAGCCACAUGGACGUGUUUCCCACGGUGCUGGCGCUGGCGGGGGCGGAGCUUCCUGCCGACAGGAUCAUCGAUGGCCGGGACCUGAUGCCACUGCUGCGGGGGAUGCGUGCUCGGUCAGAGCACGAGUUCCUUUUCCACUACUGCAAUGCCUACCUCAAUGCUGUGCGCUGGCGGCCGCCAGACGGCUCCGCCCUUUGGAAAGUCUUCUACUUCACGCCCAACUUUGACCCGGGCACCAGUGGCUGCUUCUCCUCGCAUGUGUGCUUCUGCUUCGGCAAACAUGUCACACGCCACGACCCGCCGCUGCUCUUUGACCUCACACGUGACCCCGGUGAGCACCGCCCCCUGACCCCGGAAUCCGAGUCGCGAUACCACGCGGUCCUGGCGGCUGUGGGGGAGGCGGUGGCCGCGCACACGCGCACACUCAACCCCGCGGUGCCCCAGCAGCUGUCACUCGGCAACCUGGUUUGGAAGCCAUGGCUGCAGCUGUGAUGUCACGUAAUACGCGUGACCAUGUGACUCCGGCGAUAUCUGUCCCGGGGUCACAUGACAAUCAUGGAUCCCCCCACACACACGUGAACAGAAAUGAAGGAUGCGGGCCUCGCACGCCCACCACACACGAACUACUCGCACUCACUGCCAAGCGCGAAGACACACGCUUGUGAAAACCCUGCCCAUGUGAACCCCGCCGUCCUGCUGGUGACACGUGUGUGCUACAGUCUUGACUCGGUCUGAAGUCUCACACACGCGUGUGAGCCCCACGUGCACAUCCUGGCCAGUUCCAAUCAGUGUUUCUGAGAAGACGGCGCAGAAGCCAGUGCCGCCCGACAUGCGUGUGCAAGCGCCAGGACACACACGAAACCCGCACUUUAUGAUUAUUUCAUUUUAUUUUAUUUUCCUCUCAUUUUGACCCCGUGUGGGACCCAGAAGAAAUGGACCCGCGAGUCCCAUCCGGUGUCCACGGUAAAGGAAAAUUUAACACACGUGAAACAUGUGAUCUCAUAUUUAAUUCCCCCCCACACCCAACCACGUCAACACAACACGGGAAUAAAAGGACACUUGCAAUAAG